AAAAAAAAAAAAAAAAAAUCAUGGCCGUUGCGAUGCAGACGGAGGAUUUUCCUAUUUUACCUUCAGGACUGGCGGAGGUAAAUCAGAUGAUAAAGGAGCACGGUGACCUGUUUUCUGAGGCCCAGUGUAAAGUGUGCAGUGCCGUUCUCAUUUCAGAGUCUCAGAAGUUGACUCAUUAUCAGAGCAAGAAACAUGCCAACAAAGUGCGGCGCUAUCUUUCCCUCCAAAACGAGAAGGAGCCAGUGUUCAAGAAGUUGAAGUCCCCCUCGUCUGACAAUCAGGACUGUAACAACGGAGACUCAGACCGGGAAAAGGUGUGCCACAUGUGCAACAUGACCUUCUCCUCUCCUGUCAUGGCUGAGUCUCACUAUCAGGGCAGAAUUCAUGCCAAGAACCUGAGACUGAAGACUGUCGGCCUACCCAACACAACGGUCGCUCCUCAGACAGCCCCACCGGCUCCGCCAAAGAAAACUCCAGCAGAUGAAUCCAGCGGCGCGCCGGCGGCGGGCAGCGACGACAACAACAACCCGGACCGCUUCUGCUCCAUCUGCCAGGCCUCCUUCAACAACCCGCUCAUGGCUCAGCAGCACUACGUAGGCAAGAGGCAUAGGAAACAGAUGAAGAAACGCAAACUGAUGGAGACGUACGGCCCGUCCACGUCCCCAGCUGCUACACUCAGAGGAUACCCCUGCACCAUCUGCAAACUUGAACUCAACUCUGUAGAGCAGUACCAGUCUCACAUCAGCGGUGCCAAACAUAAGAACCAGGUGAAGAAGUCGGGUGUGAAACCUGCCGAGGGUGAAAAGGUGGAGGAGCAGCCGCCACACAGCGACGACAACCAGUGCUCAGGCGGAGAAACCGAAUACACGGCUGCGGACGAUUACUACGGCAAAGAGGACGAGCAGUACGGCCCCGAGGACACCCAGUACUCUGAGGAGUACCAGUAAGACCCGAGGCAGGACCGGGACCGGGACUGGGGAGGGACUGCAGAGCCACAGACUGAACAGCCCCUUUAGCAGAUUCACCAAACAUCCACAUGGACCUCCAGCUCCUGCAGCAGUCUCUGAAUUCUUCAGAUUUUUGGUUCCCUUGUAAAACCCAGUCGUCAUCAUCCUCAUCCUCAUCAUCAUCAUCAUCAUCAUCAUCAUCAGCAGCAGCAGCAGCAGGUGUGAACCUCCAGAGCGCAGUGGUUCAGUGAGCUCCGACGUGGGUUUCUUCAGUUUGGACUCCUGACUAAAACGCUUCAAGAAUGUGUCAUUUUUGUUCAGUUCCCUCCUCUGAUGAAAAACAACGUAAUGUAGGAAUAGAAGAAGUGAUAAAACUGUUACACCCGUCAAAAUGUGA